GCAUCGACACGCUUCACCAUCCCUGCAGCUCCUGAACAGCAAGGGCCCUGGUCAAGAUCAUCACACUCAUCUUCUCUUGUAGAUACAGCGUACGCGCAUACCCAAAAAGAAGAAACGUAGCCAGGGACGCAGCUCCUACAGACGCGCCAACGACUCUCUGCUCAUUGACGACAGCAGAGGCGCCCUUGCUCCUUUCCCUUUCGGCGCAUCGCAUUCAAUCUUUCGCCCAGGAGCUUGCACAGAACCGCUUGUACUGUCGUUGCGCAUGCCUGGAUCGUUUUGAGCCGUUGAUUGAAAAGCAUCUAUACACCAUUCGCCCUUCGCCAUGGCGAAUAUGCCGGCGCCGACACUAGAGCGGAUCCUGGCUGGCCAGUCUCCGCCGCCCUUCACGCUCACAGCCUUUAUGGGCUUUCUCUCACAAAAUCACUGCCUCGAGACGCUAGAAUUCACGCUGGACGCCUCCCGGUACCAGCAAUAUUACUACUCGCUCUCGCAAGUACCGCCAAUACCGGGCAGUAUGGAGGCGAAUCGCCUUUCGACCAGCUGGGAACGACUCAUUGGCGCAUAUGUCAGACCUGGUGCGCCGCGGGAAGUCAACUUGACGAGUCAUGUACGUGAUGCGCUCAUGCGGAUACCCAAUACAUAUACGCCGCCAGCACCAGAGUCUCUUGACCAAGCGGUGUUCAAAAUCAUUGAGCUGAUGCGCGAGUCUGUCUUGACGCCUUUUAUUCAGCAAUGUCGCAUGCAGUACGGCUAUACGCCGUCACCAGUAUCAAUGACUUUUGAAGGUGCAAACCACUAUACUCAUCAACAACAGCCGCAAGCGAUACAGCAACAGCAGCAACAACAAGCGUAUGCGCAGGAGCAGGCUUAUCAAAAUCACGGCUAUCAGACUGAUGCAUCGCAACCGAUGCAGAUGCAAGAUCAAUAUACGGGUCAGCAAUAUAUACAACAAGGCAGACCGCCGUCAUUGCAUCAGCAACAUUCACAGCAACACACAAUGAACCCUGCGCAAAGUAAUCGUGGCGCUUACCCGACUUCGGUACCAGGAACUGACUUCAAUCCUGACAACAACAUCUACUUGCGGCAGCAACAACAAGCGCAACAACAGCAAGGUGGCCAACAGAUGGUUGGUGGAAUGGCGCGCUCGACGCAUUCCGCUUCAGAUAUGGAGACUGACUCAGAUCCCAUGACACCGCCGCUGACACCCCCUGCGGGCAUGUUGCAGAUUGCGCAGGCGCAUAGCAAUGGCAGUGGUAGCGGCAGCGGCAGUAGUCUUCAACCACCCGCGAGUCCUAGUAAUGCUGGCUGGACGUCGAAAAUCAAGAACCAGUUUCAGUUCAAGUCAACUAGACGCAGCAGAGAGCCCUCUACCGGUGUGCAAUCUGGACAACCCAAUUGAUUCUUUGGUCAUCACGCUAGAAGCACGUUGGGGAUUUAACGUAAUGAGCCCUUUGCAUUCGACUUCAAUAGCUUUGUUCUCUUCAUUCAUGUACAGUAAAGAAGACACUAUGCAAAACACUUUUAUCU